AUGGAGUUUAUGGAUGAAAUUGCUGAAGAUGGUUAUCAAGAGUCGGCGAUGAUUGUUGGUAAAGAUAAAGAUGAAAUUUCACGCGCUGCAGCGUCGAAAGACGACGAGAUUGAUUCUGGUUAUUGUUUCGAUAUUUUUCUCAAAAGCGAUUUGAUUAAGCUGCAUGAAUCAAGCACUGAAUAUUUGAUCAUCACAAAAGCUUUCUUCUCUGGCAUGGAAGAAAAUUUGAGCAAGAUGAUACAAAUCGUCGCGAUUCAUAAAAUCUCCCAUUCUAGUCUCCCGGCGAAAGGUCGGGCCGAAAACUUCCAGAUUCUGAAGAAGGCUGUGGCCGGAAAAUGCGGCGGAGAUGCGAAUAUCAAGUACACCUGGUAUAGUGGUUCCAGGGAUGAGAUCUGCGAGAUUGUGAUGCACGGAUUUAGCUGGUAUAGUAAGACUGCUGAAAAUCAAUAUCGUUGUAGGAAUAGCGUCUAUUUGUCUGCUGCAAAGUUUUCCUUUGACAGUGUUUUGUCUUCGAAGGUUGAUGAUACCGGGUUGAGGCAUUUGUUGCUAUGCCGCGUUAUAUUGGGAAUGCAAGAGGUGGUGACAGGAGAUUGUAAUGGUCGGUUUCAUCCAAGUUCGCCGGAGUUCGAUUCUGGCGUAGAUGAUCUAUCAACUCCCAGAAAAUACAUCAUUUGGAGUACUUCCAUGAAUUCUCACAUCCUCCCUUGUUACAUCAUCAGUUUUGAGGCCCCUUUCUUAAGAGAUGGAGGUACCGUCAAUCCUAGAUCGCCAUUGCUGAGGAUUAACACCUUGAUGUCCAUGCUCUCAAGGUUUUUAGGUUCUUUAGAAAUGGCUUCCCUUGAGAAACAUUAUAAAGAUUUUCAAGAGAAAAAGAUUACAAAGCCACAAUUGGUAGAAAGGAUUAAAGAAAUAGCUGGACGCCAGUUAUUAUCUACUAUACUCAACCGGUACACAAACAAGGUGCAAAUAGUUUUUAAAUACCAUAAACCGUAUGUAGAAGCACUGAUAUUGGAGUUUCCACAGAGUGGUCCUUAG